AUGGCUGCUACUUUUGAUAUUGAUCAACAGAGAACUCUAAUCCAACAAGCUUCAGACUAUUUAACCACUGUUGUUGCUAAGCACAAAGCCAAUUUCUCGGAUUCUUUCGAGUAUCCCCGGACAUUGAUCAUAUGUGGAUCCGGACUGGGUGGGAUUUCUACUAAAUUAUCCACCAUAAACCCUCCACCAUUAAUUAUUCCGUACUCUGAUAUUCCUGGAUUUAAAAGGAGUACAGUGCCAGGUCACUCUGGUACGCUAGUCUUCGGGAAGAUGAAAGGAUCUCCUGUGGUGCUUAUGAAUGGUAGAUUACAUACAUACGAGGGUAAUUCCGUGCUGGAGACGGUUUUUCCCAUUAGAGCAUUACAUAAUAUGACUAAUAACCAGAUUGAACAGUUGAUUGUUACUAAUGCUGCAGGUGGGUUAAACCCGAAAUUUAAGGCUUGCGAUUUAAUGUGUAUCAAUGAUCAUAUUAAUUUACCAGGGCUAGCCGGUUUACAUCCUUUGAAAGGGCCCAAUUUCGAUGAAGAAGGUCCAAGGUUCUUACCUCUGAGCGAUGCAUACGACCUACAACUGAGAAAAUUGAUGUUUAAAAAAUUUAAGGAACUUGGGAUGGAUCAAAGAAGAAGUCUUUUCGAAGGUGUUUACACAUUUGCCUCUGGUCCCACUUUUGAAACCAGAGCUGAGUCUAGAAUGAUUCGAAACUUGGGUGGUGAUACUGUUGGAAUGAGUACAGUACCAGAGGUUAUUGUUGCUAGACAUUGCGGUUGGAAAGUUCUUGCCUUAAGUUUAGUGACAAAUUGUUGCGUUGUGGACCCACCUGCAAGUGCGCUAGACGAAAAUCCAACAGCUUUAGAAGCUGGAAUUGCAUCUCAUAAGGAAGUUCUUGAAAAUGGUAAGAUUGCAUCCGCUGAUGUGGAAACGUUAAUUGCUGCCAUUGUUGAAGAAUUAUAA